CUCUCAUGCUCCCUCCUUCUGCAUCCUUAUUUCGCCCCUAUUUGCUCUGCUCCCCCGGUAGCCUGGCUCCUCCCCCGCACUUGGCCUUGGGCGUGCCGCAUUCCCGUCCUGCCAUCCCCCUCGGCUCGCUCGUCCCCGCCUUUCCCGAUGCUGGCCCGGGCGGUUGUGGCGCCGAUGCCACCAUGGAGGCCGGACAGCUGGGGCUCGGUGUUGCCACUCCUGCUGUUGACCUUGCUACUGCUGUCCACUCCCUCCCGGGGCCAGGGGCCUGACCUUCGGCCGGGCACCCUGACCGGGCCCGACUUCUCGACGCAUCGGCCCCCCGCGGCGCAGGCCAGCGGCGUGGCCAAGUUGCCCCUCCUUCGGUCUCUCGCUCCCAUGGCCCAUGCGGCCCUCUUGGAUGUCGCCCUGCCGGAGAUGGUGCUCUGGUCCGGCGGGCUGACCGAUCUACCGGUCAGCUCCGCUUCCGGGGUGGCCAUCCACUCGCAAGACCACCUUUUCAUGGACCUGCACCGGGACGCCCGGCUCGGGGGGUACUUCAGUCAAAAGGCCACGGCAUCGCUGGCCCCUCCCGCGGACAAUGCCUUUUGGCUGGUCUCGUCCAGCUCCGGGCCGAUUACCUUUUCGGUGGGCACCUCCUCGAUGACCCUUCGGCCGUUCAAUUCCCCCCCCACCACCUUCGACAUGAGCCCGGCUCGCCUGAUUGAAUCGGCCUGGAGCGAGGAGCGCCAUGCCUUUCACAGCUUUUGGCAGGGGCCCGAUGAGGAGCUGCUGCUUUGCCAGGCCCAGGGGCUGGUGAUGGAGUGCCAUCCGCUGGCCCUUUCUCCCAUGUCCCUCAUGAUGCCCGGCCGGGUCGGCUCCAGGGGCCAUUUCUUCACAUGGGCCGACUCGGUGCUGCAUCUCAUCCUGCCACUGGCCCAAAGCCCGAAGACCUCCCAACUGGAUCUCUUGUCGGCCAUCGUCGAUGUGGCCGUCCUUCCCCAAGUGUCCGAUGGGGAAUUGGUGCUUGUGCUCUUGGAAAGCCGCGAGAUUGCCAUCAUCGACCGGCAGCUCGGCGACGCGUCCAUCGGCCAGCUCCGCCAACGUGUGGCCUUGCCGGCCGGGGGCCCGGAAAUCGGCCGGCUGGCGGCCCCCCGGGCCACGGUGCCCGGCGGCCCGCUCACCUGGGCCCUGUACAUUGAGGGGAUGGACCGUUUGUGGCGCCUCGAUGUCGACAAGGGGACAGCCGUUUGGACCCGGCUUGAGCUCCCGCCGGCGGUGGCCGAAAAGUCCGGCCUGCUGUCUUCCCUGCGGCUGGUCCGCCUGCGGGCGGGUGGCGCCCGCCCCGACGAGUGGGUCCUGUCCGAUGGCCAGUAUGUCUAUCUCGAUUCGGGGGCCUUCCACUGUGAGGAAGAUCGGAGCAUCAACUGCGCGACGUCCUCGCUCCGGCCCGAGCUCGGGUAUGGCUGCCAGUCGGGGCGCCGCAUUUCGCCCUACCUCUUCCCCGGGAGCCUGUGCGGGGCCUGCGAGGUGGGCAUGACCGUGCCGGCGCUCACUUGGAAGCCAGCUGACCGCUGCAAUGCGUGCCCGCCAAAGUGCCAGGUUUGCCUCGGGUCCCAGUGUCUCGUCUGUGCCCAGGGGUCUCUCCUCCUGACCACCGACGAGGCGACCACCUGCGUCGAUGCAUGCACCGGGGACCAUGUGCAGGCCGGGGCCCGGUGCAUGCCGCGCUGGCCGGCGGCCACCAGCCAGCUGACCCCCAUGGCCUGGCCUCCGGACGACGGGCUGGCCCCUCUGGACACAGUGGCCCGGUCGCACUUGGUUAUGGUCGGCGGCGAAGUGCACUUGGUGGGUCGGUCGCAGCCGGCCGGGGCCGGGGCGCUGCUGGGCUUCCGGUCAACCGGGGCAUGGAUGCUGGAAGAGGCAUCGGAUCGCGUGUCCGGCGUGCGGCUGGCAGCGCUGGACUUCGGCCCGGGGACAGUGCUGGAGUAUGGGGAAAUCCCCGGCGGCCCUGGACGGCAUCCCUCCACGCGGGUGGCCUUCGUGUGUUCCAGCACGAAUGAGCUUCGGUCCGUGGAGUACCGGUGUCUGGAGGGCCUUGACAAUGCCCAGCAGCCAUGCCGGGCGGAUGUCGGCCCAGUGCGGACCCUUCUGGCCGGGUGCCAAUCCCUGCGGGUGCUUGACAAUGGGCAAGUGCUGUCGGUGAUCCCCUCCCCCCGGGAGUUGGUGCUCUUCCACAUGGACUCCGGGGGCAAGCUCGGCCGUUUGGAUUUGCCCCACACCGCCGGCCAUGCGGAGUUCUUCCCACUUCACCCCUGGAAUGAGGCCCCCCCGCGGGAGUGGCUCUUCCGGAUUGCGGCUCCCGGGGUGCAGGGCGUCAUCGCCGGGGAUGGGCUCCUCCAUCCGUGGGAGCUGGUCCGCAAGCAGGACAGCCGGGUCAUCCACGGGCAGGACCAAUUGCCGGCCACCCAGGAGAGCCUGCCGCUGGAUUCGGUGCCGCUGGUGGUGCCGAUUCCCGGGCGGGUGGCGGAGUUCUUUGUCGGGGCCCUGGUGGCGGUCGGCCCCAAUCGGGCCGCGUGGCAGGUUCGCCACUUCCCGCUUGGCACCCGGCCGCAUGGCUCGACCGUCCACAUGCCCGGGCUGAGCCAGGUCCUGGCCGAGGUGUCUUCCGGUCCGAGCCGGAUGCUGGUCAUCCCGCUGGCCGGUCUGGCCGUUCGGCACCCGGCGGCCGUGGUCCUGGUUACAGCCGGUCAGCUGGGGGUGGCUUUGCUGGAGUGCCCCCCGACCGGGGAGCUUGCCUGCUGGCUGACCGGUGCUCGGUUGUUUGACCUCGAGCAGUCGAUCCCACGCCCGGACCGGGCCUCGGUGGUUCUCCUCCGGGACCAGGUGUCCGGGCUCCAGCUGUCCCCCGGGGUGACAUUCCUUCUGGCCGGCGCGGAGACCCUCCUCCGGGUGCAUGUCGGGCCUCUGGCAUGCUCCCCCGGGGAGUAUGGCCCGGAGUGCCAGCCGUGCGAUGCCUCCUGCUUGACGUGCUCCGGCCCGGGCUCGAGCCGCUGCACCGCCUGCCGGCACUUCAUGCCCGGCGCGCCGGACGCCUGUUUGGCCGCCUGCCCGGUGGGCUUGACCGGGCUGCCGGAUUCCGGCGAAUGUGCCUGCCAUCCCACCUGCCUGGAUUGCGGCCUGCGUCCGGAUGCCGGCCCCCCGGCCGGGGGCUACCGGUGUCUGGAUUGCGGGGCCGGCUUUGCGCCGGUGGCCGCCGGGUCCGACCGGUGUGCGGCCUGCCAUCCAUCCUGUGGCCGGUGCUCGGCUCCGGGUGAUCCGGCAUUUUGCACAUCCUGCACCGGCGGGAGUCUCCUCCACCAGGGGGCCUGUGUCGGCACCUGUCCCGUGGGCUUUGGCUCUGAUGGGACUCGAUGUCUGCCGUGCGAGGCGGGCUGCGCCAGCUGCCCAGGUGGCAAUGGCUGCGGUCGAUGCUUCGACGGGCACUUCCUCCACUCCGACGGAAAGUGCCGUCCGUGUGACACCUCCUGUGGCAAGUGCCUGUCGGCCGACGCCUGCGACACCUGCCAGCAGGGGCUGGUUUUCCUGUCGCCCAAUCCCUCGGUCGGGUCCCUCUGUGGCAGCACCUGUGCCCCGGGCGAGUAUGUCGGGCCCGGCCGGUGCAUGGCCUGCGACGGGUCGUGUGCCCUGUGCACUGGCGGGCCGGCGGUGUGCUCGGUGUGCGCGCCGGGCCACCGGUGGGCCGGGCCGGCCCCGGCCCCGGGCGGCACCGGGGCCUGUGUGGCCUGCCCGCCGGAUUGCCUCUCCUGCUCCGAGAGCAUUUGCCUGUCUUGCACCAGCGGCAGCUUCCUCUCGCGCGAGGGCGAAUGCGUGAGGCACUGUCCGGCCGGCAGCUAUGGCGACGAGCAGACCGACACAUGCCAGCCAUGUGAUGUGACUUGCGCCGAGUGCGCCGGGCCCGGCGGGGCCGAGUGCACGGCCUGCGGCCCGGGGCUGGAGAUGAUCCAGUCCGGCGAUCGGGUCUACACCUGUGUAUCUACCUGCGGGAGCCAGGAAUACCGCGACCCGGUGUCGCUGGCCUGCGCGCCGUGCCACGGUGCCUGCUCUUCAUGCAACGGCCCGACCGAUCGCGACUGCUGGCGGUGCGCCGACCAGGAGGAGGUCCUGCAGGAUGGGCAGUGCGUGCAGGAGUGCGCCGAAGGCCAUGUGGCCACCUCGGGCCGGUGUCUCCCCUGCCAUCCCUCCUGUGCCGAGUGUUCCGGCAUCCGGUCUACGGAGUGUCUGCCGGACUGUCCGCCGGAGCUGCUGGCCCUCCCGGCCGGUGCGCCGGCGGUGCGUUGCGUCCCCUCCUGCCCGGUGGGCUACAACACUUCGACGGCCGGGUGCUCGCCCUGUGGGGCCCACUGCAGCAGCUGCCCCGGGCAGGCGGACACGUCUCUGGGUCUCGGCAUCGGUCUCGGCCUGUUGUUCGUCCUGUUGUUGCUGGCGGUCGUGGUGUUGCUGUUCCUUCGGCACCGGCGGGCGCCGGCGGCGAAGAAGUCCCCUGGCGAGGAGGAUGCCCAUGCGACGGUGCUCAACACAAUUGUCGAGUUGUCACUGCCCGGCAGCAUCAUUGUCAAUAUCAUGGCCGAUUUCUCGCCCCUCGGCGAGGAGAACCUCGGCGCCGGGACCCAGGCGUCCGUCUAUGCCGCACGUGCCGUCGGGGCCGGGAUCUCCGAUCGCCUCAAGUGUCCGCACACCGUCGCCAUCAAGCGCCUCAAGGCCGACACCUUGCGGCCCAGCCAGGCGCCGCUCUUCCAAAAUGAGGUUGCCCUCAUGUGGAUGCUGCGCGAUGCGCCGAACGUGGUGCAGCUGUACGGCUACUCCGAGACGCCACCGGCCAUUGUCAUGGAGCGCUUCCAGGCCAGCCUGGACACGCUGCUCCAUUCGGAUGUGGCUCUGUCGCCGGUGCAGCUUCUGGACAUUGUCCAGCAAUGGGCCACCGGGCUUGAGGCCAUGCACGCGCAUGGGGUGGCCCAUUGCGACCUGAAGCCCGGCAAUGUUUUCGUAGCCCUCCGGGCGGAUGGCGGUUGGGCUGCCUCGCUCGGGGACCUGGGCACCUCGCGGAACCUGAGCACCGACCGGUCCUCGGCCCUUGUCAACCAGCCGCCCGAGCUGAGUGCGCUGACAGCGCGAUACGCGGCGCCCGAGGUGCUGGCCGCCUUCCAGCGCCGGCGCCCGCUGGACACCGAGCUCUACCUUCCGGCGGACAUCUACUCGGCGGCGGUGCUGCUGUGGGAGUGCCUCCACCGCCGGGUCCCGUGGCAGGGCCAAGGCUUCGAGGAGAUUGCGGCACAGGUCCUGGCCGGCGACCGGCCAGACGCCGGUGGCUCGGUCCCCCUCGCCGCUGACCCUCUGGCCGACAUGCUGCCGCUUGCCUGGGACUCCAACCCCCAUUCCCGGCCGAUGGCUGCCUCUUUCCGUCUCAAGUGCUCGAUGGCCUGGCUGGCUGCCGGGGGGGAUUAGCCGGCCCCCGGCGCUGGCGGGCGUCCCUCUCACAGGUUGUUGUCGUCGCCGCCGUCCCGAUGCGGUCGAACAAAGGAGACAAGAGGCACGGGGCGCUCCCAGCCCCAUAGAAUGUCUCUCCGUACUUGGCGCGAAGCAUCGAAUAUACACAUUCCCCCCCCCCUUUGGCAA